CAUCUCUUCACUCUUUGUUUUGUUUCAGUUUCAAGUGCAAGAAGAAAACUUUGGAAGAAGCACAUUAAGAGUUUUGCAAUACCAAACCAACAAUUUAGAAACGAUUUUCUUUUGGUACUGCGAAAAUGGCUCUUGCUCUCAACAAACUUCUUCCAGACCUCUUCAAACUCGAGCCGCUCGACAGAAAGAAUUACCGCCGGUGGUCGCAGAAUAUGCUAAUAUUUUUCGAACAACUUGAGGUUGAUUACGUCUUGUUCGAAGACGCCCCAACCGAUUUCGUUGAAGAUACCAACACCACCCACGACUCCACCGCUGCAAUUGCCGAUGCCGCCGCUACCAAAGCCGUUGCCGCUCCAGAGAAGUCCAAACGCACUCCUUCCAAAGACAAGGCUAAGGGAGAUGACCAAGCCAAAAGAAAGUCUAAAGGGAAUUUCUCUGGCUCUUUCAAAUCGAAUAAGAAGUCCUUCAAGAAACCUGGAAAUAAAAACUUCAAGAACCAUGGUGGACAAAUUCAAAAGAAAAAUAACAGUGCUUGUUUCGUGUGUGGUAAAAUAGGUCAUAAGGCUAGUUGCUGCUUUAAGAGAUUUGACAAUAACAAGGAUGGAAAUGUUCACCACAAUCCUCAAGUUAAUGUUGUCGAGCAUGAUGACAUCAUCACUGCCGUUGUUUCUGAAGUGAACAUGGUUGAGAACCAUGUUGAGUGGAUAGUGGACACCGGAACCAUGUUCGUUGAGUUUGAUGAGUCUGCCGAAAUCGAGGUGUUCAUGGGAAAUUCAAAUAGUGCAGAUGUGCUUGGCAAAGGAAAGGUUCUUCUUAAAUUAACUUCUGGAAAAUCUUUAUCCUUGUCAAAUGUUUUUAAUGUCCCCUCCCUUCGUAGGAAUUUGAUUUCUGGAGCCUUACUUAAUAAGGCUGGUAUUAAGUUGGUCUUUGAGGCUGACAAGCUUGUUCUGACCCGUAAUGGGGAGUAUGUGGGGAAAGGGUAUCUCUCUGGUGGAUUGUUUGCUUUGGAUGUUUCCGUUAACAACAUGAACAAAGCUUCUACUUCUGCUUAUAUUGCUGAGUCUAUUGAUUUGUGGCAUGGUCAAGAGGUUGAAUGGUUGAGAAACCUACUUGCAGAUAUUCCUCUUUGGGGCAAGCCUGCUCCACCCAUCUCUAGGUUAUGUGAUUCACAAGCAGCUAUUAGCGUUGCUAAGAAUAAGCCUCGUUUGGGUGGUCCGUUGGACUUGAUGGAUAUACAAAUUGAUUUGUGAGGAGAGAGAACACAAGAAUUGUUUACGCAGUUCGGAGCUGAAUCUCCCACAUCUGCGAGGCCCACAUCCAUAUAUAUAGUAGCCCUUUCACUAAAUCACCGUAAGAAAUUACACAAUCAAUCAUAACAGAAUCUUGUAAUGUAUUGAUUUGUCUACUUACCAUACGAGUGAUUGGACGAUAAACUAUGUUCGCCGCCUCUAUCUCCAUGACUGAUUAUUACACCUUCUUCAGAAAGGACGUGUUGUUGGCCUGAUUCCAUAUAUAUUAUCACUAAUCAACGUCUGGAUGAUCUCCCAAUGAAUAUAUAGAAUAAAGAUGAGUGAUCUUCUUCCUAAUAUCUCCACACUCAAAAAAUGUUUAUAUGAGAGGCGCGCGUGCGUGAUAGUACAUUAUU